AUGUUUUGCGCAUGCUGCGAGUCCCAGACGCAGGAGAACCUCGUCGAGGUGGUCUCCCACGAGAUCUUGCAGACACCAGCUCCGCAGAAGAAGGACGAGCAGGCUGCACCAGUGCUCGCGGAGAAGGCCGAAGCUCCCAGCAAUGUCUUCACGGUGACGAUCGAGAGUCGAGGCGACUUUGGUGUCGUGCUCGAUGACUUGGGUUCGAGAGGCCCGGUGAUUGCCGCCGUGAACAAGGGUGCCGCACACGACAAUGGCACACUCCGAAAGUAUGACUGCAUCCUCUCAGUCAACGGAGUGGAGAGUGAUGUGAAUCGGAUGUGGGACAUCUUGGAGUCGCCUGGCAAGUGCACGCUGACGGUGCUGCGGCCAACCGAGAUGGCCUUCAAGCUGAAGAAGUCGGACGAGGAGCCUUUGGGAAUCCACAUGAACUUCAAAAGCUAUUCUGCGGGGAUAGUGCUGGAGGAGAUCAAAAAAGGCGGACAGUUCGACAGGUUCUUGGAUUCACUGCCUGAGGCCUCUCGUGCCCUUCCUGGCGAUCGGUUCGUGGCCAUCAACGGCACUCACCUCAAAGGUGCCGAUCUGGUUGAGGCAGUGAAGAAGGAGGCGAACUUGGAGAUAUCAGCGCUGCGCUACUGA